CCCUGGUGCAUGGAGAUUACAAAACCAGUAAUAUUAUGAUCCAACUCCAAGAUGGCGAAGUAUUUGACGUGAUGCCUGUUGACUUUCAAUUUUCCUACUACGGCUGUUCCAUCUAUGACCUAAUGUUUUUUAUAUUUUCUUGCACCGAUCAAGAAUUUAGGAAAAGUCACAUGGAACACCUUAAAAAUCUGUAUCACACAACUAUGCAGCAGUUUUUAAGCCUAUUCAACAUGGACGUUGAAGAAUAUUACCCGAGAGCAGAAUUUGAAAGGCUUUUUAAAGAGAGACUGGAUCUUGGCCUAAUGUUGUCACUGUUUAUACUUCCCAUGCUAUUCAAUGUACAAGAUGUAUCGACAGCAAAACAGAAUAAAUUGCUCUGUAAAAGGAUGCGUGGUAUCGCGGACGAUUUCAUACAAUGGGGCUACCUAUAGAGAAAAAUAUAUUUUUGUGAU